AUGUUCAACUCUGGCCGGGCCAUCAUCGUAUUCAAUCUCCAGGGUACUCGCCGUCCUUGCGAUGGGUCGCACAAUGCUAUGUUAUUAGCAUAUUUACUCUGGCAACGAUGCAGCUUCAUGCAAAUAUACGAGCACACCAAGACUAUGUACAACUUGGAAAGUUUGUUGUACUACCUGACUGUCAUACGUAAAAUGCACGAAUGUUUGCUGAGAGUAAAACUUCUGCUCAUGUCAUUAGCAAUGGACGUCUUGGCACAGACUGAUGAGCAAAAAGUAAGUUGA